AUGCGGUCGGCGGCCUCGCUGUUCGUGUUCGCGGCCUGGCUGGCGCCGUGCCACUGUUUUGCACCCGCGCCCGAUGCUCCCUCGCCGCUGCUGCUCACUCCCAUGCUUGAGGCGGGCAAGGCGCUCGAGGCCCGAGAGGUCUCCAAAGUCGUGAUUGAUGGAGCGUUCAAAGGCCACGCUGGAUACCUCUCCGUUGCCAGCGCAUCCGGCAAGCGGACCAACCAUCUGUGGUUUUGGUAUCAGCCGUGCCGCAAUGGCUGCACGCACGGCGAGGCGAUCCUCACGCAGUACUUUGCGGGCGGGCCCGGUUCUGGGUCGCAAGGCCCCGCCUUCAACGAGAUGGGCAACUUCUUUGUCGAUGACAAGGGGCUCCUUCAGGACCGUUGCUAUUCGUGGUGCCUGGACAACGACUGCCUGUUCGUCGACAACCCAAUCCAGGCGGGACUCUCGUACCAGGUCGACGAGGCGGGAGAGGUCGUGCCGCUCCUCGAUACAGAGUGGGCGAAUUCGGAAGAGGGAACCAGGCAGCAGGUCGCCAUCCUCCUCCAAGUAUACAAGCUCUUCCCUGAGCUCAAGCCGGCGCCUUUCUGGAUCACCGGCGAGUCGUAUGCCGGCAACUACUGCCCGUGGUUUGCCAAGGCGGUCCUCGCCCACAACGCGGCCGCGGCCGACGACGCCAAGAUCAACCUCAAGGGGCUCAGCGUGGGGGACCCAUGCUUAGGCUGGUCUGUCCAAACCAAACACUACGGCGACUACCUGUGGGCGACGGGCUUGAUCCACAAGGACGGGGCGGAGAAGAUCGACGAGCUCUUUGCCAGCUCGCGAGAGCACCUCAAGGACAACAACUGCCCGGCCUUCUUUGCCAAGUGGAACUCCGUAUGGAAUGACGAUGGCGCCUUCGACGGUGCGCCCGACUUCCUCUUCGAAACGCUGACCGGCUCCACCGCCACCGACAUCAUCCUGGUCGGCGGCGGGCGAGACGCUCAGGGGAACUAUCAAGACUUUCUCGCGCGCCACAGCAAGGCCAUGCACUUUGACGGCACGCCCGCUGCGGAUUACAUCAGCGACGGCUCUUCCCUUGGCGGAUGGUUCACUACGAAGCGCAAGGCGAUCUACAAGGCGUACGUCGAGAGUGGCGACUUCUGCCAGGAGACUGCGCCGAUGUACUUCACGGAGCUGCUUCCCGCCGGGCUCGACAUUCACAUCUACUCGUCAAACAUGGACGCCCUGCUGGGGCCGCACACCACUGAGCCGGGUAUCACCAUGGGCCUGGAGGCGGCGGGUCUGAAGGAGGACUUCUACGAGCAGAAAAGGACGAUCUGGAAGCGUUCGCCGGACUCAAGGCAGCCCGUGGGUUACAGCCGUUGCGCGGCGCUCGGCGGCCGCUUUUGUUACUCGGUGAUCCGCAACGCCGGCCACGAGACGCCGAUGUUCCAGCCCGCGUCGGCGUACGACAUGACGAAGCGCUUCUUUGACGGCCGCGCCUUUGACAACUCGUACCACGACCCCAACCCGCCCGUCUGCACGCUGCCACAAAAGAGCUUUGACGUGUCCAUCGCGGGAUACGAAAUCGAUCCGGCGUAG